UGUGUGGGAGUUAACCUAAAAAAUAUUUUGGAGUGAGGAAAAUCGAUAGUUCCGUGAGGUUUCAUGGAGAAAAUGUACGAGGCAUGGAGAUGAGGUUGUGGGGAUCUCUGGAGAGAAUGAUUAAAGUUAAAUGAUGGAGAAUUAUUUCUGGUGAGGAUAAUAAAUAUCGAGGAACAUGGCAGCAGCUCAGGGCACACCGGAGUCCGAUGCUGGCAGUUUCGAGUGCUUUCAGAACUACACAGCUCCUGAGGUGUUUAUACAGGGACUGGCUGGGAUUGUUGAUCAGCAGGAUGUCGAGUCCAUGAUAAGAGCACAAAAGCAAAUGCUACAGCGGUUCGAAAAAACCAAUGAAAUGCUGACAAACUGCAAUCAGCUGUCUGUGAAUCGGUUGAAAUCAGCUGGUACUGAAUUCAAGAAGCACACAGCUCUUCUCGUGGAGAUGAAGAAGGAUUUAGAUUAUAUUUUCAAGAAAAUUCGAGUCGUCAGAAACAAGCUCAAUCAACAGUAUCCCCAGGCAGUCAAUGAGGCUGUGAGAAGUAGUCUAGCUGAGGAAGUACUGGUCGAGGACAUUGAUCAGGGACCCAAACCCCUCGAGCCAGAGAUCGUUCCACUACCAACAGCACCAACAACCGAUAACGACAGAGACGCUGAUUCUGAUGUUCCACUUGAGGAGUUUCAAUUCGCAAAGCUGCGCAAACGACGAAUUAAGAGUAACCACAGCUCGUCCACGGAUAGCAACAACGAGAAUAGUAAUCUGGAGGAAACGUCGUCAGACACUGGUUAAUACGUUAUAAAAACCCGAUCCAAAGCCUAAUUAAUAAUUAAAUAAUAUAUUGCAAUAAAUUCAAGAAGAAAACAUGGAAAAUUGAAUAACGACGAUGUAAGUAUGAAUUUCGAGCCUAUUUUUAUCCCACGAGAUCUGUCUACGACAAUAAUUGAAAUUGUUAAUGUAAUGCAAUUCAUAAGAAAAAAAGUCCGGCUUUGAAUGUCAAUAUCUCAAAUAAAACCCUCUUUAUACUGAAUUCAUUUGUUAUUCACC